AUGCUGCCCGAGGAACAACCAGUGGAGUACAUUCUCGAGGGCAUCGACGCAGAGAUGGGCAGCCAGGCGCAGCCCAAAGUCGUGCUCUUCGACAUAGGUGGUGUUGUUGUCGUCUCUCCCUUUCAGUCUAUCCUUGACUAUGAGCUCAGUCUCGGUAUCCCACCGGGCUGGGUCAACUACUCCAUAUCCAAAACAUCCCCAAAUGGCUCGUGGCACCGCUUAGAAAGGGGCGAGAUCCCCUUGGACGCCGCCUUCACACAGGGCUUUUCCGACGACCUACACAUCCCAGAGCUGUGGGAAGAAUUCUAUAAGGACCAGCGCUCCAGAGACCCUCGCCUGCCGGAAUCGACGCCUCCCGUGCCUAAACUCGAUGCAAAAUAUCUGUUCAACGACAUGAUGUCCUCUGCUGUUGCUCCCGACCCUUGGAUGUUCCCAGCUCUGAAGAACCUCAAGGCGAGCGGAAAGUAUAUCCUUGCGGCCCUGAGCAACACCGUUAUCUUUCCGCCAGGACACAAGCUUCAUCGGCCGGACCUCUCCAAGGACCCGAUCCGAAGCAUCUUCGACGUCUUCGUAUCGUCUGCCCAUGUUGGUCUAAGGAAGCCUGAUCCUAGGAUUUAUGAGCUUGCAGUGCGAGAGGUGGACAAAUUCGCCAGAGAGAAUGCGGACUCAUCUAUGGGGAGAGCACUGGGCUGGAAAGACGGGAUCGCCCCGGGUGACAUUCUCUUUCUCGACGACAUUGGGCAGAAUUUGAAGGCAGCUAGCAAGGCAGGGUUCCGAACCAUCAAGGUCAAUCUGGGAAGGGCCUUUGAGGCCGUAGAAGAGCUGGAAAGUGUCAUUGGUUUGACCCUUGCCGGUGAUCACCCAAAGAUUCCCAUAAAGCCAAAGAUGAAUACCUCCAACCGAGCGAGGAUAUAG